AUGCAUGAUCUUGGUUUUUAUAUCCAGGAAAAUCUUCCAGUUACAAGGAAAUUUUCACUUGAGUCCACAGAUUAUUCUUUCAUUUUCUUUCGAAUUUCUUUAUUGCACUUUGUUAGCUAUUAUCUUUUUCCUUUAGCUUUCUCCUUCCGCUUAAAACUGUUAUUUAUUAGACAAACUCUCUCUCUCUCUCUCUCUCUCUCUCUCUCUCUCUCUCUCUCUCAAAAUUUUUUUUCCUUUUCUUUAAUUUUUCACUUUUUCUUUUUUAAUUGUCCGGCUUUCCUUCUUCCAUUCGUUAUUUUAUAUUUUUUUCUUCCGGUUGUUCAUUUAUUUCCGCAUUCUUUCUUUUGUUUUUCUUUUUGUAUUUUCCUAUUUAUUUCUUUUUCAACUCUUUUCUUCUUUUUUUUUAUUUUUAAUUCUCUUUCCUUUAUUUCUUUUUCUUUCAUCAUUUUUCACUGUCUCUAUUUCCUUUUUUACUUCUCUUUGUAUCCUUCAUUCGCUUCUUUAUUUCUUUUUCUUCUAUUUCUUUCUUUACUUCUUUUUUAUCUUUAUUUUUUCCUCCUCUUUUUUAUUUUUACUACUCUUAAAAUAAUCAUUGUCUAUUUAAUUGCUUUCUUUUUCGUCAUUUUCAAAAUCAUUGUCUUUUUAAUUGUUUUCUUUUUCGUCAUUUUCAGAAACAUUGUCUUUUUAAUUGCUUUCUUUUUCGUCAUUUUCAGAAUCAUUGUCUAUUUAAUUGCUUUCUUUUUCGUCAUUUUCAAAAUCAUUGUCUUUUUAAUUGUUUUCUUUUUCGUCAUUUUCAGAAACAUUGUCUUUUUAAUUGCUUUCUUUUUCGUCAUUUUCAGAAUCAUUGUCUUUUUAAUUGCUUUCUUUUUCGUCAUUUUCAAAAUCAUUGUCUUUUUAAUUGCUUUCUUUUUCGUCAUUUUCAGAAUCAUUGUCUUUUUAAUUGCUUUCUUUUUCGUCAUUUUCAGAAUCAUUGUCUUUUUAAUUGCUUUCUUUUUCGUCAUUUUCAAAAUCAUUAGAAUAAAAUGUUUAUACGUUCUUUAUUUCUUUCCUUCUCUUUGCAUAUUUCUUCGCUAUGUUUCUUUUCUUUUUUUCUUUCUUUCUUCUUUUUUCCGUGUUUUCUUUUUACGUCUUCUUUUUAUUUAUUUUUUUGUAUUUUUUCUCUUAAUAUUAUUCUAUUCUGAUCUUUGUUUCUUUAUUUCCACCUGUUUAUUUAUUUUUCUUCUUUUUUAUUUCUCUUUCCUCUCUUUAUGUAUUUCUCUACUUUUUAUUUUUCUUUACAUACUUUCUUUCUUUUAUCUUCUAUUUGCCUUUGUUUUCUUCACUUUCUUUUACUCUCUACUUUUCAAACCUCUUCAUUAUUAUCUUUGUAACUUGCCGCAGCAGUAUUGUGUUGACAAACUAAAUUACUGUCUAUAUAAUCACCAACUUCUUUUUCUUUAUUAUUCUUUUCUUUCUUUCCUUUCAUUUUCAUUUCUUAUCUUUCUUUUUCUAUCGUUUUCUUCUUUCGCUUCUUUUUCUUCUUCUUUCGUUUACUCAUCGAUUCUCAUGGAAUCACCAACUUCCUUUUCUUUCUUAUUUAAUAUUUACUCUUUUUUAUUCUUCCUAGCAUUUUUACUUGUUUCAUCCCUUCCUAAUUACUUUUUGUACCUUUCUUUCUUUCUUUCUUUCUUUUUUUCUUUCUUUCUUUCUUUACUUAAUGCUUUUCUUAUAUACUUCUUUCUUUCUUUCUUUCUUUAUUUAUUUAUUUCAUUCUUUCUUUCUUUCGUUCUUUCUUUCUUUCUUUAUUCCCUGUUACUUUACUUAAUGUUUUUCUUAUAUUUUUCUUUCUUCCUUUCUUUCUUUCUUUCUUUCUUUCUUUCUUUUUUCUUUACUUAA